AUGCCGACCCCGUUCGCCGAAGACCAGAAUGGCUCUUGCGGCAUGAAUAUAGACGCCAAUAUUGAGCGUCUGAACCUUAAGCCGACCAUCCAGCCCUUCGCUGGCCGUAUCGGCGGCCAUCAGGGUCUAGUGCUAGACCCUAACGAUGCGAGCAAUGCCGAGCUGCUAAAGCGCAUGCCGGAUGCGGCGCCUUUGAUAAGCUUGCCGCAGGUGUUUGAUCUGAAGGCAUUUAGUGAUAUCGACCUCUGGAAAUUUGGUGCUAUAGAGUGUGUAGCGCACCCGCGGCCGUCACCCACAACGACCUCAUCCACACCGACUACCGCGGCCGGUGUAUACGCAACGGCUGCCUUCUUUGGUCCUUUAGUCGGUGGCGUUAGCAAUUUCCUCUUCCUCACCCUCUUUAUCUUCACUUUCGCCUCCGUCAGUGGGGCACAUCUCAACCCUACUAUCACCCUAGCCACCUUCGCCGCGCAAUUGAUCUCGUUCCCACGCAUGAUCCUAUAUAUUGCCGGGCAGAUUCUCGGCGGCACCCUAGCUGGCCUCAUGCUCCGCACAGCGUACGGGUCGCGAAACUUCGUAGUAGGCGGUUGCGCUGUGGAUACUGCGCUCGUGUCGGCGCAGCAGGCCCUCGUCCUAGAGUUUAUUUGCUGCUUGACGCUCAUAUUUCUGGCCUUUGGGAUUGGUCUAGACCCUAGGCAACUCCAUGGAACUACGCUAUCUCCUUGGUUGGUUGGGCUUGCUUUAGGCACUAUAAGUUGGGCUUCGGCAUUCACAAGACCAGGGUAUGGCGGUGCCUGUAAGUUUAUUCCUCUCCGGUUUUUUCUUUUAUUUUUUUUUGGGUGGAUGAGGGAAUGUCCUCUUUGCCUCCAUAAACUGAUCUUACCUCGCCAUUGCGAGGAUACUAUAGCGCUGAACCCUUCGAGAUGCUUCGGUGUUUAUGUUGGCUCUCAAUUUCCUGGGUACCAUUGGGUCCACUGGGUAAGUUUUUGA